AAAACAGUGUAUUCUGUGCCGACUACCGAUCUGAUAUUUUCAAUUUAAUUUAUAAAUUUAUGAAUAACGUAUUAUAAAUCAAUUAAAUGAUAAUUAAUGAAAUCUAAAGCAUAUGUGAUACAUUUUAAUAAUAUUGAGAAUUCUGAAAUCUAUACAAGAAUAUAGAUAUUUAUAAUUUACUUUACGAAUUAUAGAAUAUGGACGAUCAAAAUAUACAAAAUGAUACAACUUCAUCAUCAUACAUUGUCCCUUUCAGAAGCCCUGCGUUUAGUAAAGAAGAAGUCAGAGUGUUGGUUAAUUUAGUUGCAAAAUAUAAACACAUAAUUUUAAACAAGUGCACAAACUCCACAACCAACCAUGCAAAAGAGGCUGCUUGGGUAAAGAUAACUAAAGAAAUAAACAAACAGGGUUUCAAAUAUUCGAGAAGUGUGGAUAGUUUAAAAACAAAAUGGGAAAAUCUCAAGAAGGAGGCUAGAAAAACUUCAAAAAAUUUAAUUAAUUUAAACAGGACAGAAAAUGAUGUUCUUUGCCAAAUAGUAUCAAUGAUCAGUGAUUCAGAAAAAAAUACUAAUGAAAUACCUCAGGAUUGGCUAGAAGAAAUAAAUGAUUUACAUGAAGGUGAUGAAAAUAAUUCAUCUAAGCUCUGGGAUGACAGUAACGACAAACAAUCAGAGGAGUCAAGUGAUGGAGCUGAGGAUGAUAAGUUAAUGUUGAAUAGAUCACUAAACUUCGCCCCACAAGAAUGCAGUCUGUUAUUAAAAUGUAUAAAGGAUGAAAAGAAAAGUAUCUUCUCCAAAGAAAGCUCAGGUAGAGCCUAUAAGAUGAAAAACAAUGCGUGGGCCAGGAUAACAUACACUUUCAAUAAACAGAGUCCACAGAAAAGAACCACAAAAGUAUUACGAACUAAGUUUAACAAUAUGAAGAGGAUGGCAAAAAAAGUUCGAUAUAAAGACUUCAAUAUUAAAAAUCAAAUUGAGAAUCUAUUAGAAGAUAGAAAUGAGGGAAUAAAGAUUGAGCCGCACUUUGAAUAUAAAAAUGAUCUAGACUCAGAUAAUGAAGAUGAUCAUGAGAAUGAUGACGAAGAUUCCCACGACCUGCAUGGGAUAUCUAAUGAGCAUUGUGAAGAAAUGUCAGAUCCCCUCGGUACGGUUCUUAAAGGAGACUCGGGAAUAGAUUCAAUAAGUCAUUUUGGUUCCGGCACACAGUUCGAAAAUAAAGAAGUGGUGAAAUUAAAAUUAGAACUUCUGAAAUACCAAUUAGAAACUGCCAAAUUAGAGAGACAAAGGGUCGUAGAGGCGGCGCAAGCAGAGGCCAGCGAGCGCCAGGCGCGCGACAUCGAGACGUCGCUGCGCCUGCGCGCGGCGCGCCUGGCGCUCGUGGCGGCCGAGCAGCAGCUGUCUCCCUCGCACCCCGCGCUGCACUACGGCGAGCGGGAGGCGCGCGCGCAGCAGUACAUGCGGUAUCCGCACAGUUAAGAAUAUUAAAAUUUUAAUGACGU